UGUUGAUGUCAGCAUGGAGGGAGUAGAGGAUCAGCCUGGUGGGACUUGCAUUGGGAUGACAGCUGAUCCCGCCGUGGCGUAGAGAUGACCAGCCAGAUCGGAUUAUCUGCAACGUGUGAGCCAAGUACUGACAGGCAUAAAAAUGCCUCUCGCGCUGAUCCGAUAUGUGUUCAUGAGCAAUAUUAAAGCGAUAGAAAGAACUAAAGGGAAAUAGCAAAGUAUCCGCUCGAAUUGAAAUGCUCCUCUGCUGUUGUUUUUUGGUCGCGCCUUUUUAACAGCGCUGUGUAACGUUAACCACAUUAAAGACAUAUGACUCAAAUGAGGUCACAGAGCAGCUCCAUUAUAUGAAGAUUUCUGAUGCUUGUGGUAGUCAGGGGAUGAGCGAAAUGGAGGCCGGAUCGGUGGUGCGUGCUGUGUUUGAGUUCCUACCCAGCGUCUCAGAAGAACUUCCUCUGUUUACUGGUGAUGUCAUCGAAGUGCUCAGCGUUGUUGAUGAAUUCUGGCUGCUCGGUAUCAAAGAUGGAGUCACAGGCCAGUUUCCAAGCACUUUUGUGGAACCCGUUACAAUUCCAAGCACCAAGACAGGAGAGAAUCUCUAUGUGUGCAUCAAUGACUUUAAUUCUGUGGAGUCUGGAAGCUUACCCUUAAAGAGAGGUGAUGUAGUUGCUGCUGAAGACAGCGUGCACGAAGUUUGGAUGAGAGGCCGUAAUGCGUGGGGCUCACGUGGCCUGUUCCCCACGUCAUGUGUUAAAGAGUUGGAGCUUUCUGGUCGAUCCAGGCAGCUGUCGGAGCGUAGUGCAGCUGCCCAGGCGUCCGAACUCCCCCCGUACGCCCUGGGUCAGGCCCGCGCCCUCAUGAGCCUCCACGCCCAGCUAGACGAAGAACUUGACUUUCGUGAGGGUGAUGUCAUCACCAUCAUAGGCCUGCCAGAGCCUGGCUGGUUCCAGGGUGAGCUGUACGGCAGGACAGGGGUUUUUCCAGAGGGAUUCGUGGAGCUGCUUGGACCCCUGCACUCGCCUCAGGAGGAGCCUGAACCUCAGGUGCUGGAACAGUAUUCGGCUUACAGCAUGGAGGAAGAAGAGGUGAGAGAGGAAGAAGAGAGAGAUGAAGAUCAUUUGGUGGAAACUGAACAACAGCAGGAGGAAGAGGAGGAGGAAGAUGGAGCUGUCUACGGUGUUGCCCUUCAUGAAUUUCGGGCCCUUGAGCCCGGUGAGCUGGACUUUGAUGUAGGAGGUAGGAUCCGUAUCCUGGCCACGCUUGAGGAUGGCUGGUUGGAGGGGCAAAUACAUGGCAGAAGAGGUGUUUUCCCACAUCGAUUUGUCAAGAUAGAAGGACAGCUGCAGGUCGCACCACAACCCGAAAAUGAAAAUUGUGUUACUGGCAGAGAAGAGUGUUAUACACCUGAAAGCUCGGUUCAACAAGAUCACACAGUUCCAGAAUAUGGGCAGGAGUGGGCAACCCAGGAAGACUACACUGUGUGGGACCUGGAUUACUUUGAACGCAGAGACGAAGAAAGAAAAGAGGAAUGUGUUGGCUACACACCCUCCGAUAUAACUUCCCAAGAGAGAAAAGCAAUGCAGAAUCAAUCACAAGUUCAACCACAAAACCGAAGGAUAGAGAGACCCCCACCACCUCAAACACAACCCCACAGGGGAGUUCAAAGAAGCAGCACAAGCAAUCACGCUCGACCCCGGUUGCCUCCUAGACCCAGUUUGCAAGCCCUCAGUAACAGACAAUACAGCACCAGUUCACACACCAGCUUACGGGAACCUCCACCAGCACCCAUCACCAGGAAUCAAAGUUUAAACCCACUAACUAAAACCUCACCUAAUUCCACCUGGACAAGAAACAAUGGCCACUAUGCGUCGUAUGACAGCAGAAAACCCCUCAGUUGUAAAAUUGCUGGUGAAAAGAACAGGCAGAAGAAGGUGACACGCCACGCAAGCGUCAAUGAUGCUGAUCUAAUAUCGAAUGGUCGCAGGGACCGGUUUGGGUCGAGUUCCAGUGGGUUACCUACAUCUCAGACACUGGGAGCUUUGGCUGUGUCCGCUGGUGAUCUUGAAGCCAAGCUUUCCCAGCAGCUGAUUGAAUUCGAAAACAGUUUACCAGAUCGUGUCAACGACCCAACAGAACAAUGCAGAUGGGAGGAGAUCAGCUCCGAAUGGGGCAACAAAGUUUCCCGCCAUUACUCCAUUCUGGACUACAGCAGUGAGAGUGACAUCAUUCGUGGAUCCUCCCCGAUCGACCGUCUGUUCCCCCACACAUCCUCCCCAGCAGGCUCUGCCUCCUCCUCUCUCGAGAGACGAAAAAUGCUACGCCCACCUCCUCCUCGUCCACGGGUCCAAAGGCCACAGGCUCCUUCAAACCUGCAAUGUCUUGUCACCAGCAAUGGCCGCCUUGCUCCUCAGCCUUCCAGACCUGCACGGCCAGCACCACGGCCACCUCCUCCAUGCACCCGCACCAACACUGUGAUGCCCCGCCAGCCUCUGACUUCGUCCAACCCCUUCUACCAUUCGCCGGAAGAGGAUGAGGUAGUUGAAGAGGUGGAGGACGCAGAGGAUGCUCUGGAGAAAGAGAUGGAGAGAGAAGGAGAAAGAGAACAGGAGCAGUACAGGUUGCUCCUGAGGUUGGAGGAGGUGGAAAGAGACAUUGAUAUGUACUCCCAUACAGCCCAAGAGCUUAAGGCCAUGCUUGAAGACGAGCAGGAUGAGACCUCGAGACAACAAGCGUUAGAGAAUCUGGAGUUUUGCACAUACACCAUGGAGACACUGACUCUGGAACAGCAGCAGCUACAGGAGAUGACCCUGCUCGCCUCCCAGCCUAAGUCGCUGGAAUCAUCCCCGGCGUCAGCAUCCGCCACUGAGGAUCCUGAACAGAGGAUGCAGGAGAAAAGGUCAAAGGUCAUCGAGGAGCUUCUGCAGACCGAGCAUGACUACAUCAAGGAUCUUCAGAUGUGUGUCAAGGAGAUCUAUCAACCUCUGCAGAAGAAACAGGUCCAGGGUAUCGACUUGGAUGGUCUUUUUGGAAACAUGAACUUUGUAAUCGACCUUUCCCGUCGACUCUACAAGGACCUCCAGGACACAGACUCGAUAGGUAAUGUGUUCCUUGAGUACAAAGUUGAGUUGGAAGAAGUUUACAAGGUGUAUUGCCAAAAUCACGAUGAUGCCAUCGCUCUACUGGAGAUGUAUGAGAAGGAUGAGAACAUCCAGAAGCACGUGCUGGAGUGUCUAGAGAAGCUCAGAGGAAUAUACCGUGAGUGGGGAAAGACGAACUACAUUAAUCUGGGAUCCUUCUUGAUAAAGCCGGUGCAGAGAGUGAUGCGUUACCCGCUACUCCUCACGGAGCUUUUGAACACCACUCCAGAGUCACACCAUGACAGAAAACAGCUCACAGAGGCUGUGAUGUCCAUCAAAGAAAUCAAUGUCAAUAUUAAUGAAUACAAGAGGAGGAAAGACCUCGUGGUGAAGUACCGCAAAGGCGAUGAAGAUCGACUCAUCGACAAGAUCUCGAAGCUGAGCAUGCACUCCAUCAUCAAGAAGUCCAACAGAGUAAGCAGUCAUCUCAAGCAUCUGACUGGAAUUUCACCUCAGAUCAAAGAUGAAGCUUUCGACGAAGCAGAGAAAAGAUUCAGACUCCAGGAGCGACUGAUCAAAUCCUUCAUCAGGGACAUCUCUCUGUAUCUGCAGCAUAUAAGGGAAUCUGCUUCAGUAAAGGUGCUGGCCGCGAUCAGCUUCUGUGACAUCUACACAGAACGCCAUCAGCAGAUGGAUCCUGAACGUUUUCAGAGAGCUCAUCGUUGCGUCAGCGACAAACAGUUCACUGAGUUUAAGGAGAGGACAGAAGCUCUGGUCAUCACUCCUCUCACCCAGCUGCUCAACAUGUUUGCUGGGCCGCAUAAACUGGUUCUGAAACGCAGAGACAAGCUGCUUGACUACGACAACUGUAAGGAGCGUGCCGAGAGACUGAAGGACAAACGCGUUCAGGAGGAGCUCCAGGCCGCAAGGAAUAACUACGAAGCUCUAAACGCCCAGCUGCUGGACGAGCUGCCGAAGUUUCACCACGCGGCCGGAGAGCUCUUCACCAGCUGCGUGAGAGGCUUCGCACAGGCCCAGAGAGACUUCAUCUCACUCACGGUGGGAGAGCUCAGACCACUUCUGCAGCUGUCUGGAUUGGGAGGUACAGAAGGGAAUCUGCUGUCCUUGUUUCAGGAGGAACACACACGUGUGUUGGAUUUACUGCAGAGCUUCAGUUUCUUCCCUGACAACCUUCCCACUACCGUACGCAAGACAUUUGACAAGAAGACUCUGGAAAAGCAGAACUCCAAGAAACAGCAAGGCCCUCCGAACUACGUACUACAGACGGACAAGCACCGAGCCGGGCUUCUGGCUAGAUACGGUCCUGAAAACCUCUACAAGGCUGAAAGAAACUUUAAUGCAGCACAGGACCUGGAUGUGUCCGUACUGGAGGGAGACAUAGUGGGUGUCAUCAAACAAGCAGACCCAAUGGGCAGCCAGAACCGAUGGCUGAUAGACAAUGGAGUUACGAAGGGCUUUGUGUAUAGUUCCUUUCUAAAACCAUACAACCCACGGACGAGCCAGUCAGAUGUUUCCAUUGAGAGUCAGUCAUCAAAUGAGUCGGGUUAUGGUGGCUCGUCCCCAAUGUUCUCACGACAGAACAGCAACAGCACUCUAACCUUUAACCAAGAGACAUCGUCUGUCAGCUUCUCAACGGCCACACCUCCACUCCAAGCACGCACUCGUCCGAGCCAAGACACCACGCCCAGGAAAAACAGAGAGGCUUCCAGCAAUCAUAGGGAUUCCCUUGAUGCUACUUACAGAAACUCACCCAAUCUCAAAGAACUGUCUGAGACAGCUUAUCGAAAUAGCAGAGACUACUCGGAACCUUCUUACAGAAAUACUACCAAUCACAGAGACUCUUUGAACUCGGGUCAGAGCACUCCAACCAAUCACAGGGACCUCUCAGACUCCGAGACAGAUUCCUCCAAUAAGAACUCGUCUUCCAGGUACAACGACUCGCAUGGUUCUUACGGCUCACAGCCGAGACAAAAUGGAGACUGUUUGGUAGAGAAGAGCCCACAGUAUGCUCCUGAGGAAUAUAUAGAUCCAGAACCUGAAGCCGAGCUGGAUGGCCACCAGAUAUAUUAUGCAAUCUACUCAUUCAGUGCACGGUGUGCCAAUGAGCUCAGCAUUUCAGCCAAUCAGAGGGUCCGUAUCCUUGAGUUCCAGGACAUGAAUGGAAACCAGGAGUGGUGGCUGGGUGAGGCAGGGGGACGAAGAGGUUACGUCCCAUCCACCUACAUCCGCAAAUCAGAGUACACAUGAUCCCCAGCUAUACCAGACCCUUACAGCCAACUCAGUGAAAAACACUACAAUAGGACAUGUAUGUGCCUUAACUGUUGAGGAGAUGCACUGAUGCGGUGAACUGCUUAUUGAAAGAAAACAUCAUAACAAUGGCAUUUAAUGCUUCAGUCGCUGUAGGAGCGAAUGUAACUCCUGUGUGCCUCCUAAUGGUCACAGAAGGAAUAUCAGACGACCGUGCAUGUGAAACCUGGAGUGGAAAACAAAUAGUUGGGACUGUGAAAUAUUUUGGGGUGGUCAAACCUGCUCUUCUCGAGCAUUCCGGUUAUAGUAUUAGCGCUUACAUGCUCUGUAGAGAGCGUAGAUCUUUAUAAGGUUUAAGAGUGGAUGACUUGUUUUUGGCAUGUGUAUAAGACGCUGGAAAGAGACUGAGGUUGAUCUUCCGGGACUGGCAGGGUGCUGAUGCCUGUACGUGUGAGUGCGUGUUUUGUGUGUUAGUCAGAGACAAAUUCAUUUGGUUGAGUGUGUGGUUUUUUGAGAUGUUACCACCCAUCAUUUGACAAUCAGUGCAACUAGAGAGAAAAAUGAUGGUAACCUGCCAUGUGAUCAAUGUGAACAAAAUCUAAAGUGUUUGGAUUUAGCCUCCAUUACGACUCUCAGAUCAUAGCGAUAUUAUCACUGGUGACCAUUUCAUAUUCCUAAAAAAACACGAAAUGCAAAUGACACUUUUUUAAAGGUACAGUGUUUUUUUACCUUUUUAUUUUUUGAUAGCGUUGAGUUUGCACUUGUGAAUGUAUUUUGUGCCGUGGCACCGGUGAGCUCAUGUUGAAACCAACAUCCUUAAAUAUGAUCCUGUCAUAUUUAUCUCUGAUGCUGUUAUAUACUGAGAAUGUACUUCUGCACUCCAGUGUCAACUGAUCUGUUUCUCCUCUUUUGAAUAAAAAACAAA